GAUGGAGCGUACGCGAAAGAAAGCGACAUGGAUGGACUGGGACUGUGUCCUUACGAUCCACGUCAUAACAGUACUGCGGUGUUUGUCGAGGGGCAGCUGUACGCCGCGACAGUGGCCGACUUCUCUGGUGGCGAGCCGCUAAUUCACAGGGAGAAGAUCCGCACCGAGCGCUCGGAUCUGAAUCAACUGAACGGACCGAAUUUCGUCAGCUCGUUCGCGUACGAAGAUUACGUCUUCUUCUUCUACCGAGAAACAGCUGUCGAGUACAUGAACUGCGGCAAGGCGGUGUACUCGCGAGUCGGUAGAGUGUGCCAGCACGACAAGGGCGGACCUCAUGCGUUCAGCGACAGAUGGACGAGCUUCCUGAAAGCGAGGCUCAACUGUUCCGUGCCCGGCGAAUACCCUUUCUAUUUCAAUGAAAUACAGUCAACGAGCGAUGUCACGGAAGGUGUUUACGCCGGCGAGCGUGCCCGUUUGGUUUAUGGGGUGUUUACGACCCCUGUGAACUCGAUCGGCGGCUCGGCGGUCUGUGCGUUCUCCAUGAAGAACGUCCUAGAAGUCUUCCAAGGUGCAUUCAAGGAGCAAGAGACGAUAAACAGCAACUGGCUGCGAGUACUUCCGGAAAAGGUGCCCGAGCCUAGACCCGGUGCAUGCAUGAACGACUCCAGGACACUUCCAGAUGUAACCGUGAACUUUGUCAAGGCGCACCCCCUAAUGGACGAUGCGGUCCAGUCCUUCUUCUCAUUGCCUGUGAUAACCAAAAUCAGCUUCAAUUACAGAUUUACCAAAGUCGCCGUGGAUCCUCAAGUGAAGGCGUUAGACGGCAAGGGCUACGACAUCCUUUACGUAGGAACAGACGACGGCCGAGUUCUCAAAGCGCUCAACACUCGCGCGCCUGAUUCUCUGAGCAAUGUUAGCCAGGUUAUAAUCAGCGACGUUCAAGUGCUGAAAUACGGACAAGCGAUCAAGGAUCUGUUGGUGGUCCACCUGGCCGGCGAGGCGAGCAAGUUGGUCGUGUUUGCUGACUCCGAAAUUCGCGCUAUUCCGCUCCACUAUUGCGACGCACCGGCAGCGGCCACCUGCGCCUCCUGCGUCGCCCUGCAGGAUCCACAUUGUGCCUGGGACGCCACUAAGAACCUGUGUGUGGCCGUGUCGACGAAGCUGCACGACAGCGACGCCGACAAAACCCUGUUCCAGGACAUUAUGAACGGAAAACACAAGGGCUGCGGCUACGAACAAGAGAUGGCGAAGCCCGUGCAACCAGCAGUUCUGCCCGAAAACGGGCGAGGCGAGCAGCCCGAUGAACGGGACAAUGAAAUCGUCAUCGAGCUGGAUCGAGAAAAUCAGUACGGUCGUACGCAGCCACGAGCUAACGAGCCUCAAGACGUGGUCGCGACACCGGUGGUGUACUCUGCCCAGACCCUGACCGGUGCUCUGAUAGGAACCUGCUUCUUCUCCCUGGUAGCCGGCUUCGCUUCCGGUUUCUGGUUCUCCCAGAGGCUACGCGGCGCGCCUUAUCCGGAACCGUCGGAGCAACGACAGCAGCUGAAUCGGCUGACGGAGAGCUCCGAGUCGCCGGGUUUCAACAACAAAUCCAUCAACCUGGUCCUUAACGUACCACCGAAGAAUCCGAACGGGAAGAACGCGAACUCCUCCGCGGAGAAUAAGCCUGUGCAGAAGGACCCCACGGGUUCCGGCUCUUCUUCUUCCUCCUCAUCCUCCGACCUCGCGGAAUCAGACGAUCGUAACGACGACGACGAAGACGACGACGACGCCGCCGAGAACGCCGACGAGGAGAAUCGUGUGAACGCUAGCUGCAUGCUCGACCAGCUGGCCAGGUACGACGAGGACGUUUACGAGAGCGUAGCAAGCGAGGAGAGACAGCUCGAGUUCCUCGUCACAUCUAGGCAAGCAGCGGCUGCCGCGGCGGCUUACGAUUCACGAUCCAUGUCGAAGGUGACCGAUUACAACAGAAGAUACGACCAUCGUUACCCGGGUAGGGAGUACAUCGAGACCGCGUUAACGGAACCGAUGAACGGGCUUCAAGAUUACAGCAGCAGCAGCGCGAACAGCCUCGACGACCUGUGCCGCGGUCAUCAACGGAUGCUGAGCGAUCUGAAUCGCGGCGAGGAGACGGCCAGCACACACGAUCACUACAUGGUCCCUACUCGCGAUCCGCGCGAGUUGAACGAGAGAAUCUUGUCGCUGUUCAAUCCGCAGUUUCUCCCGAAUUUCAACGACAUGAUCAUGUACGUGGCGAACCAGUACGACGCGAGGAGAAGCCCGCCACCGAGGUCUAGAUCGAUGGCCGGCGGGGAGGAUCGAUUGUUCAGGAGUUCGAGCUACCGGAAGAAACGGGUCGGCGCCAGCUCGAUGUUCUUCCGGCGCGGGCUGACGUACGAGGCGGCGCGGAAGUGA